GUUCGCUACUUUGAGCAAGUGAGAUGUGGCAGGCAACCCUGCGUGACACCGCUGGACACCAUUGGUCGUCAGCUGGCUCGUCUCCUGCACACUCCCAGCAGAAAAGAAAUAAGAAAAGAUGGCCUCGCAUGCAGUGAAGCCGUGUGUGUUGAGGAGCGUAGCGAAACGUGGGUAUGUUGCCCAGGCAGCAGUUAAGCAGUCCUCGUACUCUUUACCCCAACAUGACCCCAAGGUGACGACUCUUCCAUCUGGCACAGUUGUUGCCUCAUUGGAGAAUAAUGCCCCAGUCUCUCAUGUGGCUCUUCUUGUUAAGGCUGGCUCUCGUUAUGAGUCUGGCAUUAAUCAAGGGGCCUCCCACAUGUUGCGUGCAUGUGCUGGUCUUGCAACAAAGAACAUGACGGCAUUUUUCAUUACUCGUAAUAUUCAACAAAUUGGUGGAGCCCUCACUGCCGAGUCUGGGAGAGAGCAUGUGCUCUAUGGUGUCGAUGUAAUCCGGGAUAACUUGGAUGCUGGACUUCAAAUUCUUGGUGAAGUAGGUACUCAGUCAGUCUUCAAGCCUUGGGAAUUAAAGGAUACUAUUAAACGCAUCAAGGUAGACCUUUCCAUACGAGACCCAACCACCAUUGCCCUGGAUUUACUUCAUUCUGCUGCAUUUCGCAAUACUGGUUUGGGCAACUCUCUCUUUCUACUCCCUCAUCGUGUUGGCAAACUUGGAACAGAUGUGCUGAGCAGUUAUUUGGCUUCCACCCACUUGGCGAAUCGCAUGGCAGUUGUUGGUUUGGGUGUCGACCACGAUGCCUUGGUUUCGUAUGCCAGCAGCUUGGGUUUGCCUAAAGGGGAAGACGUGGCUGGUUCUGCAGCAUAUGGUGGUGGCGAAAUUCGUCAAGAGACUGGAGCGGCUGUUACAGUUGUUGCUGUGGCUGGUGAAGGGGCCAGCAUUGGCAGCAGUGAUGCAGCAUCCCUGGCUGUAGCUCAGUACAUUCUUGGGGUUGGCCCAGGCACAAAGUAUGGAAGUAAUGCUGGCAGUGUGCUUUCUAAAGCUGUGGCAGCUUCUGGUGGUAUUGGUAUGGCAUCGGCAAUUAACAUUAAUUACAGUGAUGCAGGCUUGUUUGGCUACUUUGUCAUUGCUGAUCCUUCAUCUGUUGAUAAGGUUGUUGGUACAGUACAUGACACACUAAAGAAACUGAAGGUGUCAGAUGCACAGGUUGCUGCUGGCAAGAACCGGGUCAAGGCUGCCCUCCUUAUGGCUUCAGAGUCAGGAGGUGAGAGCAUAGAAGAUAUGGGUCUACAGGCACUUUUAACAGGCCAGUUCAUUAGCCCUAUUGCAGCAGCUGCAGCCAUUGAUGGUGUUACAUCUACUUCAGUGCAAGCAGCACUUGGAAAAGUAUUAGCAGGCAAGCUAAGCAUGAGUGCAGUGGGAAGUAUUGGUAAAGUGCCGUACGUGGAUCAGUUGUAAAGAAGAUAAAGUGCCUACAUGAGGGUGUGCUGUAAACUCAAUGGUUAUAGUACUGUACUUGGCGUCUACAAUCCAUUACAUCACAAUUGCCAACUCUCUUCCCCAUCCAACGGCUUGUAUAGUGGACCAGAAUUUAUAUUCAUAGUAAAUAUUAUUGUAUGUCAUUAAUUAUGCACUUGUCUUAAUUUUAUUGUUUUAAUUUAAUUAGGAUUGUGAUGAUGAAAAACUGUUUUCUGGAUUGAUUUCAUUCAUAUCUUAAGUGUAGGUCUGAUUCUUUAGCAUUUGUAACAGUUGGCAUGAAAAAUAGCAGAGACCUUUGAGAGUAGUGACAGAAAGCACAACUAACGUAGGGGAGCGUUUUUGUGUGUUGAAAUGCAAAUGAUGUUUAAUGUACAUAGAUAACUGAAGAGAACAUUUCAAAAGUUGUAGAUACUUAUGAUAACUACUGUAAAGGUAUAAUAAUUAUUCCUUGGGAAUAAAUACAAUUUAGAA